CGAAAAAGUAAUUAAUUAAGAACGCUAUAAGUAAAGACGCUCGCAGUUUUCUUUGUUCCUUUCUUCCUCGCUCACAUGAUUAUAGCCUGUUGUCGUCUUUUCCGAUCGCGUGGGGAUACUUUAUCUUUCAUGUUCGUGAUUUAACAGGUCGAUGAUGAUGAUGAGCCGAUCGAGGAUCAUUCUAAGGCUUUACUUUUGCAUUUGAUUUUUGAGUUCUUAAACGGAACUCCUCCAUAAAUUAGGUGUAGAAUCGAUCUUAAGGUUACUGUGGGAGGAGGUUCUGUAUUUGCGGGUUUGUCAAGACAGAGAAAAUCAUUGUUAUUUAGAUAGACUGUGUAUGUAGCAGAGGAAGUACGAGUUCUGCAGAUUGAAAUGCCUGUGACGAAGAUUCUACCGAUCAGUUCGCGAGCUCAGGCCGCAGAGGCCUCUAUUGGUAAUGACUCCUCUAAGCCGAUUACGAAAUCUCGAUUCAAGCGAUUUUUUGAUCGGCCGUUCCCAAGCGUUCUGCGGAAUUCAUCUGCGGCGGAAAAGCUCACCGUUGCCCAUGUACCUGGCGGUGAGUUGCUUCGCUGCAAGGAAGGAUUUUCAGCGGUGGUGGCUGAAUACGAGCCCAGCUCUGUUUGCCUGACGAAGAUGGUUCACAAUUUCAUGGAGGAGAGCAACGACAAGCUGCCGCCGAAGGCCGUGAAGUGCGGACGCAGCCGCUGCAAUUGCUUUAACGGCAAAGGCGACGACAGCUCCGAUGAUGAUUUCGACUUCACUGCCUUCGGAUCUCUCUCCACCUCUUCCGAUUCUCUUAAGAGUUUAGUUCUUUGUGCGACGGUUUCGGAGAGAAACAUAUUAGCAGACGCCUCCAAAAUUGUGGAGAACAACAAAACAUUCAAAUGUAAAGAAGAAUCUAGAAAAAUCGUCGCCAAAAGCCUCUUAUCUCUAGGCUAUACCGCUUCUAUCUGCAAAUCCAAAUGGGAAAGGACCUGCUCGAUUCCAGCAGGUGAAUAUGAAUUUAUAGAUGUAAUUGUUGAAGGGGAAAGGGUGUUCGUCGACCUAGACUUUCGAUCGCAGUUUGACAUUGCGAGGUCAACGAGAGGUUACAAGGUGAUUUUACAGUCGCUGCCGUCCAUAUACGUCGGAAAAGCUGAUCGGCUUCUGCAGAUCGUGUCGAUUGUGUCGGAAGCCGCGACGAUGAGCUUGAAGAAAAAAGGGAUGCAUAUCGCACCAUGGCGUAAAGCCGAGUACAUGAAAGCCAAGUGGCUCAGCCCUUGCAGCCGUACUUCUCUGCCGGAACCAAAAGCUGAGCGGAUAGUGAUAGAGAUCGAAGCUGGAGCCGAGACCGAGGGUGAUGAGUUAGUUUGAUCUGAUUUCCGGAGAUAAAAAAAUCGAUGUGUGUAUGUACGGACAGGAUAAUGCCUUUAUCGAUCUCCUCUCCACCAGAGAAGCCUGACGUGGCAAAAUGGAAACUACUGGAGAUAAAGCCGAAAGGCAGCGAAAAAGCUAACCAGAUUGUAGUCACUGGAUUGGCUGCUCUCCUCAAGGACAAAUACUAAGAAUUACGUAGUGGUAGGGCGUAAUUGUUUUUGAAAAUUGCUAUUUGUACGUGCUUUCUACACGUCCACAUUGUACACUUCGAUUUUUUAUAUGUGAACAUGCUAUUUUUGUAAAGAGAUUUGUGUGUGACAGACAAAAAUUCUCUUUACAAAAAUAACGCGUUUACGAACGAAAAUCUGUGCGUACUAAGGCGUGUAAGAGACAAAAUUGAAUUUUUUUACUCUGAUAAAGAGGUUCCUAACUAUGGAGUAUUUGAGUACUCCCAACUCCCAAAUAUGUAAAGAGAGGGAGAGAUGGGGAGAGGCUUUUUAAUCGUCAUCUUUUUUGCUUCCUUUGUGCAUUGAUAUCUCUUGCAAACAAGUUCAAAUAUGUAAGAAUUCCCUAAAUGGGAGUAAAUAAAACCUUAAUUGC